ACGAGCUGCCGCCUGUCUGCUCAGAGACUAUUCGAAGACUAGCAGAGAGUUACUGGCUGCGCACAGCGCGAAGUCCCCAUAUAAAAUCAUCUAACAGUUACUUUCGGCAUCAAACAAAACUGAAUCUCCUGGAAUCUAAGACUGGCUCUGUUCACGUCAAGAGAUAUUCACAGGUGUCUCAUAAGGAGACAGAAGCCAUGGAAGUCCAACAUCAGGACGGCAGACUGGACAGUGGCAAUGAGCAGCCAAAAAACUGUGAAAACUGCAGUAAGCAUGUCACCAAAGCAGAGGACACUGCUGAGACAGGAGACGUUACAGAUCCUCACUCAGCAGAGAUUCCAUGUUCCCAUGGAGUAGACCACAGAGGAAGUGAUGAGUCUUUGACAGACACUGUUAUCACAAAUGAGGAUGCUUUACUGCUGCCUGACCACGUCCCAGGGAUCACCCACAAAACUGGAAAAGAAUCUCCUGGGCACCUCAGUGGCCCCAGUCCCCAGGACUCAGGGACCAAUGGAUCAUCGGCAAUCUGCACACCCCCCACUGGCUCUACAGGUCAAAGGGCAUCUGACUCUGUGCACCUACCCAAGUGCAACGAGCACAGCCAGUCCUGCAAUAACCAUCUACCGUCCACCGCAAAAAGCCAGAGUUUGAAAACCAAUGCCAGACAGAUACAGGAAGCGGCAGAAGGUGACUGCUGUGUGCACUGCGUCCUGGCCUGUCUCUUCUGCGAGGUGCUGUCACUCUGCUCGGCGCUGGCCCAGUGCCUCGCUUGUGGUCUGGAGUGCAAUGCUCUGUGCUGCUGUGCGGAGGCGGGCGGGGGCCUGACAUGCUGCUCCUCCGAGGACCCCUGCUCCACCUUGCUGGACUGCGCCAUCCUGGAGGACUGCUGCCAGUCCUCCGACUGCCUGGAGAUGUGCCUAGACUGCUGCUCCAUCUGCUUCCCUGCUUAGAAAUCCAUGCAUCCAAUGGCACGGGAGAGAGCUACUGAUGGCAAGCAUGCCUGAACACUUAAUGUAGGUCAAAGAUUCCAGGAUGUGUCAUAAUUCCAUGAUGCUGAAAUUCCAUCGCCGCUGGUAUUUAUUCCCUAGGCUAGGGAGAGGUUAGUGGCAAACAUCAAGCUGUGAUUGUUCGAUAUAAAAAGAGCCUGAAUUUAAAUGCCACGAACAUUUUAAAUGAUUGAAUCCAGUUAAGUACCAGAAGUAUUCUGUCAUUUGACCAAUGGGUGGGUAGCUUUGUGCUUACUGUAUUUAGAAAGUUCAUAUUCAUAUCUGUGUAAUGUGACGGGUAUGAUUAUUUGACACUCACGGUUAUCUCUAACAUGUCUAAUUGUGCCUGUUUUGUCAUUCGAUUAGGUUUUAAUUUUUGUUUUGUUUGAUUCUUUCUUCUUUAAGAGUUGAGCACAUUUGCACUUGACAACCACAGAGUCACAGUUCACCCCUCUGAUCACUGCAGGGGCAGCUCCAGCAAACUCUGGCUGUAAUCUGAUUUAUUUGAGACUUUUGAGCAUUUGUUGUACAGUGACCCCCACUUUUUAGGCUUUGGAAUUUAUCAUAAUCCAAAGCAAAUAAGAAUUCAAUAACAGAAUGUAUCUAGACCACUGCCACAUGCUAGACCAUUGCUCUACUUCCAUACCAGAUACUGGAUUUAGCAUAUGAACUGCCUAUUGUGAUCUGUAAUGGUAUCGGGACACUAGAAGUAACCUGUCAUGGGACUGCAUUAGUUUAUAACUUCUGAGUCAAUAUGAGUCGUUUUUGUUUUUUGGGGUUUUUUUUUGUAUUUAGCAUGAAAGAAUUAAAGAGCCAUUGGUUUUCAUAA